AUGAGAAAGAAUUUUAAUGGCGAUGCGCCGUUUUCCUCUCUUUUUUUUUUAUCUUCCUCUAUUUCUUUCUUUCUUUCUUUCUUUCUUUCUUUCUUUCUUUCUUAUGUUCUCCUCUCUUUUCUUUUACCUUCUUCUAUUCUUUCUUUCUUUCUUUCUUUCUUAUGUUCUCCUCUCUUUUCUUUUACCUUCUUCUAUUCUUUCUUUCUUUCUUUCUUUCUUUCUUUCUUAUGUUCUCCUCUCUUUUCUUUUAUCUUCCUCUAUUCUUUCUUUCUUUCUUUCUUUCUUUCUUUCUUUCUUUCUUAUGUUCUUCUCUUUUCUUUUAUCUUCCUCUAUUCUUUCUUUCUUUUUUUUUAUGUUCCUCUCUUUUUUUAUCUUUCAAUUUUUUUUUCUUUUCUUUCUUUUUUCUUAUGUUCUCCUCUUUUCUUUUAUCUUCCUCAUUUUUUUUUCUUUCUUUCUUUCUUUCUUAUGUUCUCCUCUCUUUUCUUUUAUCUUCCUCAAUUUUUUCUUUAUGUUCUCCUCUAUUUUUUACCUUUCUUUCUUUCUUUCUUUCUUUUUUCUUUCUUUCUUUCUUAUGUUCUCCUCUCUUUUCUUUUAUCUUCCUCUAUUCUUUCUUUCUUUCUUUCUUUCUUUCUUUCUUAUGUUCUCCUCUCUUUUCUUUUAUCUUCCUCUAUUCUUUCUUUCUUUCUUUCUUUCUUUCUUAUGUUCUCCUCUCUUUUCUUUUACCUUCUUCUAUUCUUUCUUUCUUUCUUUCUUUCUUAUUUCUUCUCUUUUCUUUUUUCUUCUAUUCUUUCUUUCUUUCUUUUUUUCUUAUGUUCUCCUCUCUUUUCUUUUUAUCUUCUCUAUUCUUUCUUUCUUUCUUUCUUUCUUUCUUUCUUUCUUUUCUUUCUUAUUUUCCUCUCUUUUCUUUUAUCUUCCUCUAUUCUUUCUUUCUUUCUUUCUUAUGUUCUCCUCUCUUUUCUUUUAUCUUCCUCAAUUUUUUCUUUCUUUCUUUCUUUCUUAUGUUCUCCUCUCUUUUCUUUUAUCUUCCUCAAUUUUUUCUUUCUUUCUUUCUUUCUUUCUUAUGUUCUCCUCUCUUUUCUUUUAUCUUCCUCAAUUUUUUUCUUUCUUAUGUUCUCCUCUCUUUUCUUUUACCUUCUUCUAUUCUUUCUUUCUUUCUUUCUUUCUUUCUUUCUUUCUUAUGUUCUCCUCUCUUUUCUUUUAUCUUCCUCUAUUCUUUCUUUCUUUCUUUCUUUCUUUCUUUCUUUCUUAUUUCUCCUCUCUUUUCUUUUAUCUUCCUCUAUUCUUUCUUUCUUUCUUUCUUUCUUUCUUUCUUUUUCUUUCUUAUGUUCUCCUCUCUUUUCUUUUACCUUCUUCUAUUCUUUCUUUCUUUCUUUUCUUUCUUAUGUUCUCCUCUCUUUUUUCUUUUACCUUCUUCUAUUCUUUCUUUCUUUCUUUCUUUCUUUUCUUUCUUAUGUUCUCCUCUCUUUUCUUUUAUCUUCCUCUAUUCUUUCUUUCUUUCUUUCUUUCUUUCUUAUGUUCUCCUCUCUUUUCUUUUAUCUUCCUCUAUUCUUUCUUUCUUUCUUUCUUUCUUUCUUUCUUAUGUUCUCCUCUCUUUUCUUUUAUCUUCCUCAAUUUUUUCUUUCUUUCUUUCUUUCUUUCUUUCUUAUGUUCUCCUCUCUUUUCUUUUAUCUUCCUCAAUUUUUUUCUUUCUUAUGUUCUCCUCUCUUUUCUUUUACCUUCUUCUAUUCUUCUAUUCUUUCUUUCUUUCUUUCUUUCUUAUGUUCUCCUCUCUUUUCUUUUACCUUCUUCUAUUCUUUCUUUCUUUCUUUCUUUCUUUCUUAUGUUCUCCUCUCUUUUCUUUUAUCUUCCUCUAUUCUUUCUUUCUUUCUUUCUUUCUUUCUUAUGUUCUCCUCUCUUUUCUUUUAUCUUCCUCUAUUCUUUCUUUCUUUCUUUCUUUCUUUCUUUCUUUCUUUCUUAUGUUCUCCUCUCUUUUCUUUUAUCUUCCUCAAUUUUUUCUUUCUUUCUUUCUUUCUUUCUUUCUUUCUUAUGUUCUCCUCUCUUUUCUUUUAUCUUCCUCAAUUUUUUCUUUCUUUCUUUCUUUCUUUCUUUCUUUCUUUCUUAUGUUCUCCUCUCUUUUCUUUUAUCUUCCUCAAUUUUUUUCUUUCUUAUGUUCUCCUCUCUUUUCUUUUACCUUCUUCUAUUCUUUCUUUCUUUCUUUCUUUCUUUCUUAUGUUCUCCUCUCUUUUCUUUUAUCUUCCUCUAUUCUUUCUUUCUUUCUUUCUUUCUUUUGUUCUCCUCUCUUUUCUUUUAUCUUCCUCAAUUUUUUCUUUCUUUCUUUCUUUCUUUCUUUCUUUCUUAUUGAAUUUCGUUUUUUCUUUUCUUUUUUGUGGCCAUUAUGCCAGAAUCAGCUGCAGGCGAACCGAAAUGUUGCAGAAUAUCUGA